AUGAAUAAGGACUGGCACAGUGAUCAUUUUUGCUGCUGGCAGUGUGAUAACACUCUUACCGGUCAACGAUACAUUCUCCGAGAUGAACAUCCAUAUUGCAUCAAAUGCUAUGAAGACAUUUUUGCUAACAGCUGCGACGAAUGCGCCAAACCAAUUGGCAUCGAUUCUAAGGAUCUAUCAUACAGAGAUAAGCAUUGGCAUGAGGAUUGUUUCCUAUGUAAUAUGUGCAAAAUCUCACUCGUUGAUAAGCCAUUUGGCAGUAAAAAUGAUCGUAUUUUCUGUUCCAAUUGUUAUGAUCAAGCAUUUGCAACACGUUGUGAUGGUUGUGGUGAAAUAUUUCGUGCUGGCAUGAAAAAAAUGGAAUAUAAAGGUAAGCAAUGGCACGACAAAUGUUUUUGCUGUGCGCUAUGCAAAACACCAAUUGGUACUAAAAGUUUCAUACCUAAAAAUGAAGAAGUUUAUUGCGCUACCUGUUAUGAGGAAAAAUUCGCAACAAGGUGUUGUAAAUGUAAAAAGGUAAUAAGUACCGGUGGUGUAACAUACAAAAAUGAUCCAUGGCAUCGGGAAUGCUUUUGCUGUACAAAUUGUAAUACAUCAUUAGCCGGUCAAAGAUUCACAUCAAAAGAUGAGAAACCAUAUUGCGCUAAUUGUUACGGUGAAUUAUUUGCUAAACGAUGCAAUGCUUGUGUUAAACCAAUUACAGGUGCCAAAUUCAUUUCAUUCGAGGACAGACAUUGGCAUAACGAUUGUUUUAUUUGUGCACAGUGUUCAACAUCACUAGUCGGUAAAGGCUUCAUAACAGAUGCUGCCGAUAUCCUUUGUCCGGAAUGUGCUAAAGCCAGGUUGAUGGCCGCUAAUUCAUGA